GCCGGGGAGCCGCGGCAGGAGCCUGUCUGCCAGCGCGGAGAGGCGGGCGGAGACGGCGGCGGCGAUGUUGCUCCUGCUCUUUUCCCGGCGCGGGGACUGAGCGGCGGCCCGCGCCGUCUUGCCUGCCGGCCUCGGAAGGCGCCAUGGAGAGCCAGCUGGCCCGCUGCAAGAUCGUGGUGGUGGGCGACAGCCAGUGCGGCAAGACGGCGCUGCUCCACGUCUUCGCCAAGGACACCUACCCCGAGAACUAUGUCCCCACGGUGUUUGAGAACUACACGGCCAGUUUUGAGAUCGAAAAGCAGCGCAUCGAACUCAACAUGUGGGACACAUCAGGCUCAACAUACUAUGACAAUGUGCGCCCCCUUGCCUAUCCUGACUCGGAUGCUGUUCUCAUCUGCUUUGACAUUAGCCGCCCAGAGACCUUGGACAGCGUCCUUAAAAAGUGGCAGGGGGAGACGCAGGAGUUCUGCCCCAGCGCCAAGGUGGUUCUGGUGGGCUGCAAACUGGACAUGCGCACCGACCUGAACACUUUACGGGAACUUUCCAAACAGCGCCUUAUCCCCGUCACACAUGAGCAGGGCAGCAUUUUGGCCAGGCAGUUGGGCGCCGUGGCGUACGUGGAAUGCUCUUCCAAGGUUUCGGAGAACAGCGUGCGGGACGUUUUCCACGUGACCACCCUGGCGUCCGUCAACCGCAUCCACAAGCACCUCAAGCGCAGCAACUCAAAGCGAGGGCUGAAGCGGGCGGCUCAGUUGCCCGCUCGGACGGACUUGUUGACUGACCCUGAGAUCCGCAAAGACCGGGCCAAGAGCUGCUCAGUGAUGUGAGAGGAGACGAAGGAGACCCCCUGAGGGGCCGAAGCAGAGCACUGCCUGUCUUGUUCAUAUCUCUUUGUACAGUAUUUGGUCAGGGGGAGGUCUCUGCGCCGUUCCCCGUGAUGUAGGCCCGAGGGAAAACAGGCAGCCUUCCCCCGGAAAAAACGUUUCUGCCUGAAGCCGCGAAAUGCUAUGCAUACAUUGACAACGUCUGGAUGUGGGGCUAGUAUUGCACAGGACACAGAAAAUGCUCAGGUAGCGGAUGACCUCCGAGGAAAAGGAGCGCAUCACUGCGUGAGGCACAGAUAUUGGGGGUUGGGGGUGGGCAGAAAUCUUCUUAUUCUCUUCAGAGCAAUUAUUUUGGAGCUAGCGUACGAUGUGUAGGUUGCCCAGGCCACUGGCCUCUUUGUACAGCCAUGGCGUGGGGCAGUCAAGCCAUGCCUUUAGCAUGUGUACAUGUGUGUGCAUGCGUGUUUGUGAAUUGUAUGCGCAAGGCGAAGUGCGGGGCUAGCGCUCCCGCACGGGUCCGGUCGUGGAAUAAAGAGCUGCGGAUGGGU